AUGCCGGACACCGGUAUAUCCCCUCCCCCGAUCUAUCUCAAGCAUAUCGAGGAUAUCCGCAAUCUUUCCGUGUGUAAGAUCUGCAUGCGAUCCUUGUACGAGCCAUUCAUCCUCUCGUGCGGUCACACCUACUGUUACUCGUGUCUUGCCAGCUGGUUUUGCGAAGGCUCGAGGAAGACGACCAAGAAAAACUGUCCAGACUGCAGGGCGAGGGUCACAGUGGAACCGUCACCCAAUUAUCUCCUCCGAGAUCUUGUCCACGUGUUAAUCGCUCGAGCCGAGUUGCUUCCUGAAGAUGAGACCCUACAGGAACACCAGCUAGCCAAGGAGGCAGAGGCAGCUCAGCUCGCUGCAGAUCGCACCGGACCUGGUCUUUUCCAAGGCUUGUUCCGGAACCAGGAACAGAGAUACUUCACCUUGGCUCGUGGGCUUCUGGAUCAAGAGGACAAUGUCGUCCGGUGUCCUCAAUGUCACUGGGAACUUGAAGAGGGCGAAUGCAUGCGGUGUGGCUUCCAUGAAACAUACGAUUCGGAUUCCGAUACCAUGUCUCCUUAUAAUUCCCCACGCCUGACUUCUUCGGAGUAUGACUCGCUCGACGAAAUUGAUCACGCAUUCGACGGAUCCAUGAACGAAGCUGGAUUCCACUACUAUAGUGGCGAAAGAUCCCCUCGGUCGUACACAACAGAUGAAUAUGAAAGCUAUGCCGAGGAGGAUGACAUGGAUGAUUUCAUCGACAACGAAGCAGACGAGGCUGAUGACAAUACUGAUAGCGAGUCCACCAUGACCAUGUACAAUCGACAAUGGGCUGAGAACGAAAGUUUGCAUGCCAACCCGUCAGAAUAUGCGAGCCAAACCUCAGCAGAUAGUGAUCACCAUGCACACUUCGGUAGACAUGGGACUUAUGCUCAACGCUCACGAAAUGACGUCGAGGAAAUAUCUGAUGCAGAGACAAAUUACGAUGAAGUGACAGAGGGUUCCGAUCAUGAGCCUGAAGUACCACAACCAAGUUGGCGGAGGACAAGAGCAGCGAGGGUCAUCGUAAGCGACGACGAUGACGACGAUGACGACGAAGAAGGCGGAGAGGAACAGGAUGAUGCCGGAGAUGAAGCAUACGACGAUCCUUUUGAAAACAGAGAUCUGGACCACAGAAAUCAUGAAUCUGACGAUCAACAUAGAGAAGACGAGGGUGACGAACGGUAUCCAUCAGAGCACUCGGAAACCGAAGUCGAUCAGGAUUGCUCCGAAUCGGAUGGUUCAGAUGUGCGACCACCUCAGCCAUCAGCUCAGCGCAGACAGCAUUUGCAGAGUCAGCGCGUGCGACGAAAUGACCAUAGCCUUCAACCUCAUAUUGGAGGAAGUCAACGACUGAGCAGUCCUGCAAGACAACAGUACCGCCAUCGUCAGAGAAGCAGUAUAUCUCAAGACAGCACGUCGGGUCGACGGCAUGGUUACCAUCGACCCUUUGCAAGAUCAGGCCUUGGUCGAAUAUUGGUUGGAGGCACGACUGGCUAUCAGUCGUGA